UGAAUCAAACUUCAAUAGACUUUUAGUUUGGCCGGCAGUUGAAGUUUCGAUUGAAUCGAUGGAACUACUUGAAUUUAUACCUGGAGAAUACCUUCUGAAGUCUUCUCAAGAAAAAUACAACGUAGAUGGAUGUAUAGUUGAUGAAGAAGAUAAUGAGAUGUUUUUACUUGAAACCUCUGGAAAGUUGAUGUUGAAGGAAAAAUGGAGGUAUGGUUACGAUCAUGUCAAGUGUACAUUUGAAACGGCAAUGAAACUACAAAUCCCUUAUUUACAUGCAAUGGGGGAUUCGCUUCAUUUGUGGGUGUUGGAGCUUUGCUCAAAUAAGUUAUAUAUUUCGAAUAAGGUUUUCAAGUGCCAAAUACCGAAAGCAAUGGAUGAUACUAAAAAUAUCAUUGCCAUGGGAAAUUUGCUCUGGUGUUUAAAGAUAAAGCUAGAACGUGUUCAUAACAUCUUGAAGGCUAUGAAGGAAGAACAUGAUAGUUAUGAAAUACAAAGAAUGCUUAAAGGUAGUAGUAGCUCGCGCCUUUCGCUGGUCGAAAUGGUAAACACCGAAAUACAAAAGCCUGUAAAGGGCGAAGGCUACGGUAUCUUGUUACCAGAAAAAAAAGAUGAAAGCGGCUGUAAUAUACAGUUUACUAACAUCAAAAAUAAAACACAAAUGUAAAUAAAAAUAAAAAUAAA